AUGUCGUAAAGAUUAUAUAUAAUCAAUAAUAGUUCGUAAAAAUUCAAUAGUUCAAUACCUACUAAAAAGUAAAAAGUAAAAAAAAAUACCAUUCACCGAUUAAACCUUAGAAGGCAUUCAAUUUCAAUAUCAUUAUUCAUAAACGAUAAACCAUCUGUAGUAGUGUCGUCAUAAUAUUAUGAUUGAAUUGCUUACAAUAUUGCAAGUAAUGCUAAUAUUAUAAUCUGUAAUAAAUCCUAACAGUCGAUCGGUUGGAGUGGUGGAUAAGGAAGUCUCCGCCAUAGAAAAAUUACGAUAUAUUUUAUUAGUCCGAAUGAUUCUCAUGUUUUGUUUUAAUUUGUCAAACAAUAAAUAAACACUUACCUGUCUAUUUGUCUGUCAUUCGAGAUUUUCUCAUUACAGUGAACCAUCAGGUGGUGACUGUUUCUAGUUCACUUGUAAUUUCUGUUCGAAAAAUGGCUCAUGGACAUUCAGAACCGCAGUAUGAACUGUUAAAUGGAAAAAAAAAAUAUGUUCAGCCAAUCAUACAUUCCAUGGUAUUAAUUGGGUUAGCUGUUCUUGUGGCAUUUGUAGUUGUUCUGAUGUUUUAUGUAUCCUGGAUGAAAUUUGAAGACACUAAUGAUCAAAAUACACCUAUGGACUUUGUUCUUUUUGGUCCCCAGAAAUAUACAAAUUCGGAUAUUGCUGCUUAUCGUGCUCAUACAUUUGCUAUUGCUGCAAAAUCAAAUUAUAAAACAUUCUGGACUGCUAAAGACAAAAUUAUUCCCAGCAAGCGAAUUGAUAAAACAUAUAAUUUGGCCUGUUAUUAUUCUAUACCAACUGAUAAUACAAAUAAAACACUUCAUCCUGCUCAAAUCAAUGCUACUUUGUGUACUCAUUUAAUUGUUGCGUUUGCACAAGUUCAAAAUAAUAGCGUUUACUUCAAGAGCUCGUUUGAUAUGGAGAUUUUAAGACAAGUAGUGAAGUUACGUGAAAAAAACCCUAAAUUAAAAGUAUUACUAUCUAUAAUGCAUUUCUCAAAUGGUUCACAUUCAAAUGAAGGCUUCCCUGGCGUUGUUGCAAAUAAAAAUAACUUAGAAAAAUUUGUCAAUAAUGUAGAAUCAGUAGUCAGAGAAUUUUAUCUGGAUGGUAUUGAUAUAGACUGGGAAUUUCCUUCAUGGCCUUUAUUGAAUUUAGAAGAAAAAUAUGGAUUUGCUAAGUUAUUAGAAACCUUACGUUACCAUCUACCUGACUCUCUUUUAACCGCAGCUGUUGCUGCUCCAUUAAAUAUAAUUGAUAAUUCUUAUGAAAUUUAUUCUUUAGCAAGUUUCGUUGAUUUUAUAAAUGUUAUGACGUAUGAUUAUCAUUCAUACCAAUGGUAUUUCCCAUUAACUGGGCCAAAUUCACCUUUGUUUUCUUCGCGAAAUGAUUCUGGAUACUUCCAGGAUUUAAAUAUUAAUUCUUCCAUACAAUAUUGGAUCUCAAAGGGUAUGCCUAAAGAAAAGAUUUUGCUUGGCAUGCCUACAUAUGGACAUUCUUUUAAAUUAAUAAAUGAAGCCAAUAAUGGUUUUGGAUCACCAACUUCUGGUCCUGGUAUUGGCAAGGACGGUUUUGUAACAUUUUCAGAAACGUGUGAGUUUAUAUCACAUCAAAAUGCUUCGACUGUUUUUGACCAUGACACCCGUACGCCAUAUUCAUAUCAUAAAAAUGACUGGAUAUCUUUUGAUAAUGAAAAUAGUUUGGCGUACAAAGCAGAAUUUGCUGCAUCUUUAGGUUUAGGUGGUGCCAUGGUAUUUUCUUUAAAUACUGAUGAUUAUAGUGGGUCAAGUCUAUGUUCAUCAUCAGUAUUUCCAUUAACUUCUAGAAUAAAAAUAGUAUUGAAUGAUGAUUACUUAUAAAUAUUUAGGGAAUAUUUAACUAAAUACUAGAUAAUAAAAAAAUUCAAACUUUUUUGUUAUUCAAUAGUCUAUAAUAUAUUAUAUGUACAUAAGACAGUGUACAUUAUGUUUAUAAAAUUGUGAGUGCUAAGCCUCUCAGCGUUUCCCGACUAAAUUAUGUAUAACAGAAAUAACUUAUAUUUUAUAAAGUCUAUGGAUUACUAUUAAUCUUGUACCAUAAUACUCAUUGGCAUUUUAACUUUUUGAAAUUCAUAUAGUUAUAUUUAUGUACCCUACAUAGCAUUAAUAAAUAAUAAAUGAUUAAAAGAGUAUAAAAUUAUAUUAUUGAGAAGAAGACAAAUAAUUCAAUCAUCACAGACAAAUCUUUAAGGGAAACCCAUAUAAAUAUAUUGUAGUUGCUUAGUAGCAUAAUAUGGCAGCUACUCAUAUUUAAAAGUUAGUAUGUUAGAAUGAACAAAGUUGUAAAUUUAAAAGGAAUAUAAUAUAAAUUUCCAUAGCUCGUAAUCUUAACCUGUUAUGUUAAUACAUAAUGUCAUCAAUGAUAUCGACAAAAUGGUGCAUUUUCGAAUAAGACUUAAAAAUAAAACUAAGUGUUUUUAAACAAUAAAUGUAAGUUAUAAUUG